GUGUUGUACGCUUGAAGGAAUAAUGGAUGAUCGGAGAAGAUGAUGCGCCAUGCCGCAAGCUUCGAUCCUGGCAUGGCUGAGCAACAAGUCGACGAGUGUACCGGAGGCGACAUGCACAAAAGCAGAGUCAGCCCAUAGCAACUUCACAUCCGCCCAGCCAACUCGGCCAUUAUCAUCGCAACAGGACUCGUCACAUACCAACAUUUUCUCGGCCACUACGGCCACCACCUCUACGCCAUCUCAACCGUUCAUCGGAUCCGCACGUCCCCUCCCAGCAAACGUAGAACUCCGCACCUGCACCAAAACCGACAUCCCCCACCUCAAACGCCUCAACAGUCUCCUCCUCCCACUCCCCUACCCAGACUCCUUCUACCGCGAAAUCACCGAAGAUCCCACAACUUCCAACCUCACCCUGCUAGCAUUCUGGCACGACGAUCCUGCGAAAAUCAGCACUCCCGAAGAAACGAAAGGCCGGCUCGUAGGCGCUAUCAGCUGUCGUAUUCUCCCCCGUCCAUCAGCACCGUUAUUUCCCAACACGCCAUCUACAGAGGUAGAGAAACGCAUGCUCUACCUCAGCACCCUCGUCGUCCUCUCGCCUUUUCGACAACACGGAAUCGCCACGCGGAUGCUGGACAUCGUCACGCGGCGCGCUAUUUCCGCUUACGGCGUCGCGAGCAUCGGAGCGCACGUUUGGGAGGCUAAUGCGGAGGCGAGGGAGUGGUAUGCUAAGCGGGGGUUUGUGGAGUUGAGGCGGGAGGAGGGGUAUUAUCGCCGGCUGGAGCCGAGGGGUGCGGCGGUUGUGGUGGAGAGGCGGGUGUCUGUUAUGGAUCUGGUGGGGGAUUGAGAAGGGAAGCAAGACCGGAGGAAAGCACUUUCCAGGAGGGAUGUCCUGUUCUCUCAGUCUGGUUGUUUGAGAGACGACAUAGACGACAGUGAGCUUUCUGAAUGAUCAGGGAUGCCCAGAGAGAGACUGCGUCGGUGGCCCUGCAUCUUCAGCACGCUCAGGUCGCACUGGUCGCCUAUGACAGAGUGCAUAUAGGGCUGCCACCCUCGAGUGCGAGAGUAUCUAGCGAGCUGCGGUCCCGAAGCACACGGCAACACGUCAAAUUCGGUACACGGGAAGGCACGCAAACUUGGAGAACA